GGCGGCGCGGUCGCGUUCUUGGCGCCAGCGGGAAGAAGCGAGCGGAGGGAGGAGCGGGUGUGGAGCAAACUGUACGAUGGCACUCGAGUGGGUUUUGGAAAAUGCCUGAAGUUUAGUGGCUACAUCUACCUUCUGCCUUUUCCCCACCCUUUAAAAAAGAAUACAUGGGAUGUUUCAGAAGAGUGAUACAUUAAAAGAAGAGUUUUGCAAAUGGCUUCAGACUCUGUGAAUGGAAAACAAGCUAGAAAUCACUUCACAAAGGGGAAAAGACAACAGCACCAGCAAGUAAAGAACAGGUCUUCAGCCAGCGACGGCGGUGGAGAAGACUUCUUUAUUUUUGAAGCCAAUGAAGCUUGGAGAGAUUUUCAUGGUUCUCUUCUUCAAUUUUAUGAAAAUGGGGAACUCUGCGAUGUCACACUGAAGGUUGGCUCAAAGCUAAUCUCUUGUCACAAGCUGGUGUUGGCUUGUGUUAUUCCUUACUUCAGAGCCAUGUUUCUCUCUGAAAUGGCUGAAGCCAAGCAAACGCUGAUUGAGAUCAGAGAUUUUGACGGUGAUGCAAUAGAAGACUUGGUAAAGUUUGUGUAUUCUUCACGGCUCACUUUGACUGUUGACAACGUCCAACCUCUCUUGUAUGCAGCCUGCAUCCUGCAGGUUGAACUGGUGGCUAGAGCUUGCUGUGAAUACAUGAAGUUACAUUUUCAUCCCUCCAAUUGCCUGGCCGUGAGAGCCUUUGCAGAAAGUCACAAUCGAGUAGACUUGAUGGACAUGGCAGAUCAGUAUGCCUGUGAGCAUUUCACUGAAGUAGUGGAGUGUGAAGACUUCGUGAGUGUGUCACCCCAGCACCUCCACAAGCUUUUGUCCUCCAGUGAUCUGAACAUUGAGAAUGAAAAGCAGGUCUACAGUGCUGCCAUCAAGUGGCUUCUUGCCAAUCCUCAGCAUCAUUCCAAAUGGUUGGAUGAAACACUUGCACAGGUUCGUCUGCCAUUGUUGCCAGUUGAUUUUCUCAUGGGUGUUGUGGCAAAAGAACAGAUUGUCAAGCAGAAUCUAAAAUGUAGAGAUUUACUGGAUGAAGCAAGAAAUUACCACCUUCAUUUGAGUAGCAGAGCAGUACCUGACUUUGAAUACUCUGUUCGGACUACCCCAAGGAAGCAUACUGCUGGUGUGCUGUUUUGUGUAGGUGGUCGAGGUGGCUCUGGUGACCCCUUUCGCAGUAUCGAAUGCUAUUCUAUCAACAAAAACAGUUGGUUCUUUGGACCAGAAAUGAAUAGCCGGAGGCGACACGUGGGUGUAAUCUCUGUGGAAGGUAAAGUGUAUGCAGUAGGUGGACAUGAUGGAAAUGAACAUUUAGGCAGCAUGGAGAUGUUUGACCCUCUCACUAAUAAAUGGAUGAUGAAGGCAUCAAUGAACACAAAGAGGCGAGGAAUUGCUUUGGCCUCCUUAGGAGGCCCAAUUUAUGCAAUUGGAGGGUUAGAUGACAAUACUUGCUUCAAUGAUGUGGAGAGAUACGACAUAGAAUCUGACCAGUGGAGUACAGUGGCACCAAUGAUUACUCCCCGUGGAGGAGUUGGCUCGGUGGCUCUAUUAAACCAUGUUUAUGCAGUAGGUGGCAAUGAUGGAGUGGCUUCUUUGUCUAGUGUGGAAAGGUAUGAUCCACAUCUGGAUAAGUGGAUAGAAGUUAAAGAAAUGGGUCAACGGAGAGCAGGCAAUGGAGUUAGUGAGCUUCAUGGUUGCUUAUACGUUGUUGGUGGUUUUGAUGAUAAUUCUCCUCUGAGUUCGGUUGAGCGGUAUGACCCUCGAAGCAACAAGUGGGAUUACGUGGCGGCACUUACCACUCCCAGGGGCGGCGUGGGGAUCGCAACUGUGAUGGGCAAGAUCUUUGCCGUCGGUGGUCACAAUGGCAACGCGUACUUAAAUACGGUGGAGGCGUUCGACCCCGUGCUGAAUAGGUGGGAGCUUGUUGGAUCUGUGUCUCACUGCAGAGCUGGAGCAGGAGUAGCUGUGUGCGCCUGUUUAACUAGCCAAAUUCGAGAUGUAGGCCGUGGAUCCAAUACUGUGGUUGACUGUAUGUGAUUUGAAUUUCAGCCACCAACAAUUGAGUCAUAUCUGGUAGGCAGGAAGGAAAACCAAGAUUUUGAGAUGACCACCUUUGAGCAGUUUUAACUACAGCUAGAGUCUUAGUUAAGUGUUAACUGUUGUGUUGUGACUAAGUACAACUUUUGGAAUGGUAGCUGAAGAAUUAUUAGUAAUAAAGUUAAAUUUGAUAAUUCCUGCUGUAGCAAAUAAUGGAGUAGGGAAGGAAGACAGUCUAACUUAAAAGCAAACCUGCUCCAAAAAGAUGCUUAAAGUAGUAUCAAAACCUUGGAAUCUUUUUUUUUAAUUUGGAUGAAUCAAAAUAUAAUUUGUUGAGUUUUACCUUUUCUUUUGCCUAAAGGUAUUAACCUCAGGCAGUGGAUUUUUUCCUAGAGGGGAGAUUAGAACCUAUUCGUCAACACAAAGACACAUAAGAGACCUGCUCCUUUUGAAGAUCAUUUCUACAUGGUGCUGAUGAAUUUAUACCUUGCUUUUUUUCCUAUGUGUUGAUUUUUCAAUUUCUUGGAUAUUUACAGAAGUAGAAAAAUGUUUCGUCUUUUUGAGUGCCACUUGGCUGCAUCUUUAGCUUACAGGAGUGCUAUAAGAAUUCUUUAAUUUCAGUUGGAAUUGCCAAGGCACCAAAAGACCAUCCAAAAGAGUUUAUAGUUUCAUUUUUUCAUCCCAUGCAAAAAGUAUUUCAUAACAAGCAAAAUGUGAACCAGAGGAAAUAUUAGAGAAAGUUUUAGAUUUGUUAUUACUCUACUGCAAAGGAUUGAUACAGAAUGUGACUCUUUAGUAUGGGGAAUCUGAAAAAACCUUGAACUCUCUUCUUUAAUCAUUUGAUUUUGAACCCAGGAUUUAUUAUCUUUCUUUUCUGUUACCUGCCACCAUUCUGGUUUUCCCCACUGUACAGAAUCUGGAUUUAUUUAUUAUCAGAAUAUGAAUACAUUUUUACAGACACCCUUUAUAGACUGCCAUUUAUUGAUUAGUUCAAUCCCAUCAUUAACCAAUAAAACGUUGGUAAAAACAGAGAAAAAUAGAAACUGCUGUUUUUCUCAUUAUAUUUAAUCCCUUCCAGUAUAUUUAUUGAAAUUUAAUUGAAAAUAUUUCUGUACAUUAAUUUGAAGCCAGGAUAUUGAUGCGCUUACUGAUUUAACAGCUUUUCAUGGUUUUAACCAGCAUUAUAAAAUGGCCUAUUCAUUAAAUGUAUAUAUUUUUAUAAAUAUUUAUUAAGAACAGUGAAAUAUCCUAUUUUGUAUUUGCAGUGUAGUUUGGUACCUCUCUUCUAGGCCUUCCUACAUUUUCAUUUAGUUAUGCCUUAGAAUUUAUUGUAGUUCACUGCUGGCCAGUUCCAUUUCAUAAGGAAGCUGGGGCAGUGAAAACCACUCCCCCAUCCAUCUGGCCCAGAAGUUCAUUGACGAAUUAAUAGCUUGUGCAGUCUCAUUAAAUGGGAUCCUGGACAUGCCAGUAUAGUAGGGUGGGAAAGCUACACUACAAAAGCCAGUAUGUACUGGGUAUAUCAAACCAGAAAAAGAAAAAAUUUUAAGAGGGCUUAGGCUGGCAGAUAAACGUCUUCCAUGAAGCAGAUUUAAAUGUUCCCGAAUUACGCUAUUAGUAUUUUUUCUGCUGUCACUUGUGGACAAGUUCAUAAAUCAUUGCUGGAUCUGGACCGGUGUUCUCUUGUGCAACAACCGUAUUUCAGUCAGUGCCAAAAACAUUUAACUCUACAGCACGUAGUGGAUUUGCUACAAGUCUCAAAACCUGGCUGCCGCUGUCCAUUUUUCUCGUGUCUAAUGGAGUUCUUGUAUUAUAAUGCUUGUUUAGCUGUGGUUACUAGGAUGUUUGUUGUAUUUAUUUUCAGGGGGGAAGGAUCUUAUUAUUAUUUCCUAAGAUUAUUUAAAAUGUUUUUUUCUUU